AUGGCAGAAGCGUGCGCACAGCCGAAACUCUUCAUUCCUCAACAAGGUGUCAAAAUGAUGACAAGAUGGAUCUGGCUCAUGUUCUGGAUCCUCGCGACUCCGUCUUUGCUUAUCGAGAGCCACUCCAGCUCUCUUCCACCGAAAACUGGCAGCCAGGAAAGCGAAAGCUCCACUGAGCAGGUGACAGAGGAGGCCAGGGAGAAACCCAUCGAGUCUGGGGAAACACCAGUGGACGAAACUGACGCAAUAACGAUGUACGCUUCCGGAAUCCCACCGUUUGUCCAGACGAGGCUCGGGGGAAUAAACGGCAUUCGGAAAGAUUACUUGGGCCGCUACGUGGACACUUUCCUCGGAAUUCCGUACGCGCAGCCUCCUGUCGGAACGCUCCGAUUCAAAGCGCCGGAAGCUGCGUACGCCUGGCAGAACUCCAUCAACGCAACAGAGUUCAAGUCAGCCUGUAGACAGACAGCGAGCGAAUGGCCCCAUCAUCUCACGCGACACUCUGGAUCCUGCUCUGAGGACUGUCUCUAUCUCAACAUCUGGACCCCGUCCGAAAAAAUGGGAAAACCGCGAGCUGUUAUGGUUUUCUUCCACGGAGGAGACUUCAUUCUCGGCUCGCCAUCUUGGCCCGAAUACGACGGUGGACUCAUUUCGGCUUUCGGAGACGUUGUCGUCGCGUCGAUGAGCUAUCGACUCGGUCGGCUCGGCUUUCUCGAUGCCAAGAGCCAUAGUGCUCCCGGAAAUCAAGGCUUACUGGAUCAGAACAUGGCUCUCCGAUGGAUCCACGACAACAUCGAGUCCUUCGGAGGCGACCGUACCCAGGUUACUCUCUUCGGUAACGAUGCAGGGGCCGCAUCGAUAGGACUCCACAUCCUUUCGCCGAUGAGUGCAGGGCUCUUCAAACGUGCCAUCUUGCAGAGCGGCAGUGCUUUCUGGAAAUUGCGUCACAUCAGAUCUCCUGCAGAAACCGUCCCUCUUGGCACCCAAGGUAGCUCCAAGGUUGAAAACUGUUCGGUUUUCCCUCGGGAGAGUCGAUUCCGGCAACCAGACAAGAGGAAAUUUUGGAACUCAGCCUACGACCACGGAGGCCCAUAUCGAGGUCUCGAUUAUGGGGAAAUUCCCUCGGGCAGGGUAACGGAUGACAUGUAUGACGUCUACGGACCGACUUACGACAACGAUUUUCUCCCUUUGAAUCCGCACAUGUCUGCCUCCAUGGGAAUUUUCAACGAUGUCGAAGUGAUGAUUGGUACCGCGAACAAUGAAGGAGCUUGGGAAUUCAUGCGUUCAAAUCAAUGGAGGAAUUUUAGCUCCGUCGAGAGUUUUAAAGCGAUUAACCUCCUUAAGUUCAUCAAGCACUUCUUCGAGGAGUUCCAAUUCAAGAAACUUGUCGGUCCCAAGGCCACGGAGGGAAUUUAUCAUUAUUUUGCCUCGAAUCUCCGCGGGAACGAUAUCCAGCAUAACCGGCAAUUCGUCUUCGACUUCAUCGGAGACUACGUACAUACGUGUCCAUCGACUCACUUCGCGGAAUUACUAGCGGAUCGCAAUGUCUCCGUUUACUACUACCGCUUCGCGCACGCACCCCACACUCAUCCGGAAACCUGGCCCCUGUGGGUCGGCGCCACUCAUUUCGACGAAGUUCCGUAUGUGUUCGGAGCACCCUUGAUGCGCUCAGCCGAAUACUCGAAUGCUGAGAGAGAUUUCAGCGCAUCGGUGAUGGAUGCGUGGACUUCCUUCGCCAAGACAGGGUUGCCAGUGACGCCCAGCGGUCAGACAUGGCCGAAAUAUUCGAGAAAAAACCCGAACUACUUGAGACUUUCAACACAAGGUUUCAGUCGUCGAGAUGCGCCCAGCAAAGAGAACUGUAAUUUUUGGCGGAGUUUCAAUAAUUUCGAUGUAUGGAGCCACGUCCGUGGAUUGGAGUGA